AUGCUCUCUCCACUCAUCUACACCCCGUAUUGUGCGUGCACAGAGAAGUGGGAGGGUUUGGACGUGUGUGAGCAGUUCUCGCUGCAGCAGAUGCUGACUACCACCAACAACUGGUCGGAGGACAAUGUGCUGGGCAAGGGAGGCUUUGGCAUUGUGUACAAAGGCCUCUCGCCACAGGGCCAGUUGUGGGUCAUCAAGCGCUCCACCAUUAUGACCAACGACUUUGAAACGGAGGUGCGAGCCAUGGCCUCUCUCCACCACACACACCUCGUGCGCCUGUUGGGCUUCUGCCUGGAUCAGAACGUGGAGACGGGCAAGCAGGAGCAGAUCCUCGUGUACGAGUUCAUGGCCAACAGGGACCUCGAGUACCAUAUCCACAGGACCAAGCCCCAGCAGGCAAUCACUUACCUUUUCCCUCCACCGCACUGCAUAUGUUCCCACGCCUCACUGCCUCGCAUGGACACCCUGCAGGCAGUCAAGUUGGUGGAGACGUAUGACAUGGAGGAGCUGAGGGACAGCAAGAUGCCGACAGUAAAUGAGGAGGCCAUAGUGGACUUUGCUGACCUGGCUCUAGACUGCAUCAAGUCACCCGGCACACGGCGACCCACCAUGAAGGAUGUGGCAUACCGCCUCAGUGCCCUUAUUGACAAGCACUGCCCCAACGAGGACGAUGAGUGGGAGAAUGUUGUGACAGAAGAAGGGACAAGCAACCAAGGGAUGCCUUCUGAGUUGUCUGGAGAUGGAGGGAGGGAGCCUGAGAGGUCUCAUGGCUCACAGUCUGGUGUGAUCUCAUUCACGGAUACUUUCUCGAUGACUGAUAGCCUCAAGAGCUGGCUGCAAUUGAAGCCAGCCAAAGAGCGUUGA